AUGUUAUCAUCUAAAACAAAUAACCUGGACAUAAUAAAUAUUUUAGAUAUUAAUACAUAUUCUGAUGAACGUUCUGAAUUUGAUAACUUCAAAAUUCAUGUUAACAAUACAAGUAAUAGCUCGUCAUCUUCUAAAACAAAUAAUUCAGAUGUAAUUGAAGUCAUAGUAAAUAAUAGUGGAGAUA